UGGGAAGUGACAGCGAGGUGUCCUCCAUCCACCUGCUCCUCUCCUCCUCCUCCCUCCCUCCUCCCCCGUCCGAUGACAGCUCCGUCCUCCUGAUCACUCCCCGCUCUCAGUUGUCGGGUGACAGGCGGCUGGCUCAGGAGGUACAGCUGUCCUGGAAGGAGGAGAUCCCCGGCCGUACCGCUCCAUUCACCUCCAGCAUGCCCGAGCUGUGGGCUGCCGUGCUGGGUGCUGCCUGCCUCCUGUGUACGGGCACAGCCUUUAAUCUGGAUGUCACACACACCCUGAUCAAGGAUGGGGACAAAGGCAGCCUCUUCGGAUUCUCUGUAGCCCUUCACAAGCAGCUCACACCCGAGCCCAUAAGCUGGCUUUUGGUGGGGGCACCACAGGCACCAGCAUUACCAAAUCAGUUCUCAAAUCGUACAGGGGGUCUAUAUGGCUGUCCGUUGACUGCAGAGGCACAGAAAUGUGAAAGACUGGACAUUGAUGAUGGAGUUGAUAGGAAUCGGGAGAGUAAAGAAAAUCAAUGGCUUGGGGGCACCGUGAAAAGUCAAGGUCCAGGGGGAAAGAUUGUGACAUGUGCUCACCUUUAUGAGUCUCGGCAAAGGGUAAAACAACCGUCAGAAACAAGAGAUGUCAUUGGUCGUUGCUUUGUUCUGAGUCAAGAUCUCACUACCAGUGACGACCUUGAUGGAGGAGACUGGAAAUUCUGCGAAGGUCGACCUCAAGGACACGAGAUGUUUGGGUUCUGCCAACAAGGACUGUCAGCUGGAUUCACCUCAGAUAAUCAUUACAUCAUGUUUGGGGCCCCCGGGACCUACAACUGGAAAGGUGAGCUACGUGUGGAGCUCUUUAAUCAGAGUGCUCUGGAUCUUGGUACUUACGAUGACGGUCCAUAUGAAGUUGCUGGAGAAAACAGCCAGAAACCCGAACUGAUCCCACUGCCAUACAACAGCUAUCUUGGUUUCUCAGUGGACUCAGGGUGGGGGGUGACGGGGAAGAACAAGCUGAGCUUUGUAAGCGGUGCCCCCCGGGCAAAUCACACAGGGGCUGUGGUUAUCCUGCGCCGAGAGAGUGGAAGCCAACUUGUCCCAGAGCUAACGCUUUGGGGAGAGAAUCUGGCCUCAUCCUUUGGUUACUCUAUAGCACUUGAGGACCUCAAUGGUGAUGGCUGGACUGACCUAGUGGUAGGUGCUCCCAAUUUCUUCUCCCGAAAGGAGGAAAUUGGUGGUGCCGUCUAUGUCUACAUAAACAAAGAAGGGAAACUGGACAGCUCUCCUCCUAUACGGCUGAACGGAACAGAUGGCUCCAUGUUUGGGUUAACAGUGGGCAGCUUGGGCGAUAUCAACCAGGAUGGAUUCAAAGACAUUGCUGUUGGGGCACCAUUUGAUGGCAGUGGAAAACUGUUCAUAUAUCAUGGAAGCCGAACAGGAUUGGUGACCAAGCCAGCACAGAUCUUGGAUGGAGUGAGUGUUGGGAUAAAUACCUUCGGUUAUUCAUUUUCUGGUGGCCUUGAUAUUGAUGGAAACUCAUAUCCAGACCUGCUAGUAGGAUCUUUAUCUGACACAGUGGUCCUCUACAGAUCUCGCACUGUUAUUCGUGUUAAUAAAGAUGUCACUGUGACUCCCCAGAACAUUGAUCUAGAGCAGAAAAGCUGCAAGAAUGGCCCUGGGAUCUGUGUGGAAUUUAGAGUAUGUUUCAGCUAUAGCGCCUUCCCUGCAACCUACAAUCCAAAGAUCAUUCUGAGAUGUGUAUUUGAGGCUGAGGCAACUAGGAGGCAACAAGCGAAGUCCAGUCGCGUUUUUUUCAUAAACAGACGACCAAAUGAUCCAGAACACCAGACUAGUACCACAGUAGAACUCCACCGACAGGCCUCCAGCCGCUGUACUACCGCCAUAUUCCAACUUCAGGAUGAUGUUACAGACAAGCUUCGAUCGAUCCCAGUGACUCUGACUUACAAUAUCCUAGAAGCAAGACACAAGCGUCAGUCUACAGAAGACUCUCUGCCCCCUCUCAUGCCUAUCCUUAGUGAAGAAGAGCCCAAUGUCUACAACACUGAGGUAAACUUUCUGAAAGAAGGCUGCGGAGAGGACAAAAUAUGUCAAAGUAACCUUCAGUUGAACCAUAGUUUCUACUCUCGCGUUGGCAACACGGAGCAGUUUGUUGCAUUGCCCAUUGAGAACAAGGUUCCUGUGUUCGCACUCACUGACCAGAAAGACAUUAUCCUCAAGAUUACAUUAACUAAUUUUCCUUCUGACCUACAAAAUCCCCACCUUGAUGGAGAUGAUGCCCAUGAGGCCCAGCUAAUAGCAAGCUUUCCUGACACCAUGACCUACUCAGCUGUCCGUCCAAUUGAGGGUUCCAAGGACAAGUUGGUGGUGUGUAUUUCCAAUGAAAAUGCAUCCCGGGCUGUAUGUGAACUUGGCAGCCCAAUGAAAAGGAAUGCUGAGAUAGCAUUCUAUAUGGUUAUCAGCACUCCAGGGAUCACUAUAGAAACAACAGAAUUGGAGGUGAAACUUGAACUGGCCACGAUAAGUGAGCAAGUGAAUCUGCCAGUACUGGCCAAAGUCAAUGUGAUCAUUGAACUGCCGCUGUCUGUCUCUGGAGAGGCUGCACCAAACAGACUGUUCUAUAGUGGGCAGGUAAAGGGAGAGUCAGCCAUGAAGAAUGAAGAUGAUGUGGGCAGUUCUGUGGAUGUGGAAGUCACAGUGUCAAACCGGGGAAAAUCAUUGCGAACGCUAGGUUCUGCCUACCUGAACCUGAUGUGGCCACAUGAAAUGACAAAUGGGAAAUGGCUCCUGUACCCAAUGAAGAUCCAGCUGAAGGAGCAGGUGCAAUCUGGCCGUAGCAUGGAGUGCAUUCCCGUAGAUGCAGUCAACCCUCUGAAACUGAAUACAGUGAGAGAAGACACAAAAAGCCUUGGGCUAAGUCAAAGUCCAGCAAAUCGGUGGGCAAUCUCAUAUCCGGCAAAGAAGAAGGACGUUGUUUUGGAUUGUGAACGUGGCACUGCUCACUGUACGAUAUUUCAAUGUCCGCUGUACAGUUUUGACCAGCAGGUGGUGCUCAAUGUCCAUGGACGUCUUUGGAAUAGCACAUUUUUAGAGGACUAUCCAUCUGGAAGUGCUCUAGAGGUGGUCAUAAGAGCAAAUAUCACUAUGAAGUCUACAAUUAAGAACCUAGUAUUGAGAGAUGCUACAACACAGAUCUCCGUCAUGCUGUACUCUGAUCUUGAUAUUGUGGCACAUGGAGGAGUUCCUUGGUGGAUCUUUCUUAUUGCAAUUCUGGCUGGUUUAUUACUACUAUUACUCCUAGUCUCUAUCCUAUGGAAGUGUGGGUUUUUUAAGAGGAAGCAUUACCAAGAGAAGCUGCCACAGUACCAUGCUGUGAAGAUCCCACGGGAGGAGAGACCCAUGGUUCUGGAGGAGAAGACAGGGACCAUUAAAAAGAAAGACUGGGUGACAAACUGGACUGAAGAUGUCUCUGUAAACAAUUAUUCCUAACAUCAUCGGUCUCCUUCCCUGAUGGGGUAUGACCCCUCCUGUGAGCAGUCCUUGCAAUGGGAAGGCUGGAUCCUUUACUUUUGGGUAGUUUCUUAUAUUUGGUUUUAUGCUCUUUUGUAUAUAAAGAAAUGAUGAUAUUUGGAGAUAUUGCAGCCUUGGCGUAAUAUUGCAACAUCAGCUCACCAGAGCUUGCGGAGUGAAGAAACCAUGGUUGGUUUUAAAGCCACUGCCUUCAAGUAAUAAUAAUGUUGGUUUCCCAGGAGGACUAUAUAAAACUUUUGUGGGUCCCCCAGAGAAUUGGUCUGCUCCGGCAGUCAAUGACACUGACACUGUAGCAUCACUGGUGGCCUGCAACUCUUUUACCACAGAGACUUUCAGGAAUGUACAGAUGUCUGGAUAUUCACAUGAAUUAUUAAGACUCUUUCUACUAUACAAUAAGAACUUGAUAUUUUGCUGUGUAUAUAUUUGCAAGAGUAUGAACACUGGCUUACAAACAUACACAAUGUCUAGAGUAUGAACCUGUGCUAAAUCUCAAGUUUGAAUGGUUUAAGUAUAAUGGAGAUGAGCCAGUUACACUGAGUGAAUGCAUGAUUAAUAUUUAUGCCUUAACCCCAAGAUAACGUUUUAUAUUACACGAUGAGGGCACUCAUGGAGUACCUCUGGGAAUGGUACUGAGAAGUGUAAAUGAAUAGUGUAAGUUCUCCAUAUGACAAUCCAGUUAAUAUGUCUGUCUGUCAUAAUGUAAUGAUAAUUUUCCUGCAGUUUUUCAGUCAAGGUAACAGUUGAUAAAAUAGACAGGAUAAGGCAAAUAAGAGACCUAGAACACGGUUAUGAAGGUUAAUUGCAAUCAGUCAUUCCGCUACUCUUCUCAACACAGGAUAGUCCUUUGGACCCUGCUUCCCACCAGUCCACUAUACAAUAGUCCUUUGGACUGGCUUGCCAGUACCAGUCUGUGUUAGCAAAUAAAGGAACCAAACUUUAAGUAAUAAACAAUAUUUCAUGA